AAUGUAGACGAUUAUUACUCAAUGCCAAGAUUUAGAUGAAGAGUAUAGAUAACUUGUUUAAACAAUAAAUAAUAUGUUAGACAAUCUGAGUAUAGUAAGUCUUGAGUUUGUCAAUUCAAAAUUAGAAUUUUUAGAAAAAUACUCUAAUACACUUAAGUCAAGUUAAAUUGAUGCUCGAAUCCAUAGAAAUUCAUAAAUGAAGAACUUAAUAGAAUACAUUAAGAUGCAUUGGAAAUCACAAGUGAAAUCUCUUGCAUAAUCUCCUCCAGCAAAGAUGGCUCAUCAUCGUCCUAAAUAUUCAUUUAAUGAGAAAGCAUUUUCAUGCAUGUUGUAUAGUAAUAUGAAUCAAAUGACACAAUAAAAAACUCAGAAUAAUGAACUUGAUUAAUCUUAUUAGAAGUAUACUCUAAAACACAAAAACUUAAAUAUAUUAUAAAAUUUGAUAGGAAAAUAAAAGUUUGAUUAAAAGAAGGGGAAUGAAGAUAUGUUCAAAUUGCUAUAAAAAUGCAUGCAUUUGAUCUCAUAGAAGUAAGAAUUUUAAGAUGAAUAUGAAAAUUUAUAGAAAGAAUAUAGAGAUAUAAUUAAGAGUAACUAGAGUUUGUAAUACAAAGUUAAUCUUGAUUAAAAAUCAUCAAAAUUGAAAGAGAAUUUAAAUUAAUUAAUGGUGAGUCAUGAAUCUUUUAAAUCGUACCUCAAUUCAGUUAUUUGA